AUAAAUGUCAAAAUUCAACAAAUUCACUAGUGAAUCAUUACAAAAGAACAUCAAAUAUAUCCGUAUAAUUGGAGGGUGCCACUAUCCCAAUGAAUUAAAUGUGAUAAGCAUGUUGGAGUAACCUCGUGGACUUUUCAAAAUUCGCCGCUUUUGUUUAGCAUCUGUUUUGAAACAAUUUCAAUUUUCUAUUUCACAUUCCAUAUGUACAUAAAUCCUUUCGGUCCCAGCACCACUGACUAGUCCUGAAAGAAGAGGAGCAGCUGCAUAGUGAUUUUUUAAUUACGUAGUUUGUUAAUUGGUAAUCUGGUCUAAAAUCGAUCACACCAUGGUAACAUGAACAGAAGAAAGACCCCUGCACAUGUACAAGGAGUGUAAUACCAGGUGUUCCGGAAAGGUAGGCAUUUUAUCUUUUACCUUCGACACCCAUCAUAUAAAUCAUGGCCAAGCCGAGUAAGUUACGCAACGUUCACAAAUGAAAACGAGAUUUACAAUACUGAAAAUACCAGGUAUACCUACGGGUAUCAAAAAAUAGAUAUCGCAAAGAGGAAUGGAAUAUUUUCUUGUUGAUGCGAGCAACUGCUGGAUAUUGGGCACAGCCACUUUAGAUAUCACCAAACGGAAGCUAACAAGUGUAUAAAUAGCUAUAAAGAGGAAAACUGUGUAUUUGACAACUGGCAAAUUGGUAUUUUUCACGGAGUCGGACACAUAACAAGUUUCAUUUUAUUUCUAUAACAUGGCUCUAUGGAGACUCUAUGGAGAUGCAUUAUUUAAUUUUUAAAAAAGUUAGAUUAGGACUAUAAAAUGUUUGGCAAAAUAGCGUAUGCAUACUGUGAUUGAAAUAUGAUGCAUGGUAUAGUGUUAUUUCUAAUUAAAUAUCGUGUAUCGAAAAAUCUACCUUACACGGGCGAACUGUGAGCUAAAAUGUUAACGGAGGGGCUGUAUUAGCAGAGACCUUAGAAGAGAAUAAAUUAGCAGAUGAAAAAUAUACUAAGAUAUCAAAAGAUAAUCACUUAGUAUCGUCCAUUAAGGACAGUAUUCAUAUGUUAUCGAGUCAUUACUUGAAAUCGAAUGAAAAACUUUCAUCUAAUGAACACUAACUUAAUAUAGCAAAUUAGAAAAGUACUAUCGAGCACAUAUUUGGGUUGUUAUUUUAUAAUGCACUCAAACCUUUUAAUAAUGUGGAGAUCUUUUGCUUUAACAUUUAGCUGGCAUUCUAUAUAACCACGUAAACAUGUAUGGUCUUCCAUACAUAGCUCCGUGACUCAUAAUCUAAAUUUACAUAUAUCGCAGUAUAGGCACAGGGAGGAUAGUGAAAGCAGGCAAAUUGAAAUGGCUGCAUCUGGAUAUCUUACGAUGAAAUGAAUAACAACAAUGGGGCUGCGCGUCUCCCUCGGCCGUAUGAAACUAUCCAUUGUAGGGAAAGAACCAUAUUUCUGAACCUGAUGUUACUUGGAGACUACAAUGCUGGAAAGACCUGCUUUAUUCAACGAUUUGUGGAAGGAACAUUUGUCCAAAGCGGUCCGACGUACGGCUGUGAUUUUUUCAUCAAGAACGUUUGGAUUGACCGCUCAGAAAUCAAACUUAGACUGUGGGACACCUAUGGAGGUGAACGGUAUAGGGGUCCUGGAUCAGCUUACUAUCGGCAAUGCCAUGGCGUCAUUGUAAUGUAUGACGUCACAAACAUGUCCAGCUUUGACAACAUCGAAAAGAUUUGGUUGAAGAACAUAGAACAGCAUGCAUCUGAUGACCUAGUGGUGAUACUGGUGGGAACUAAGUGUGAUCUUCCAGAUCGUCAGGUUGACUACGUCACGGCAAAGAGUUUUGCCGACAAACUAAACAUACCAUUAAUGGAGACAAGUUCUUUGACUGGCUAUGGUGUCGACCGUAUUGUCAUAUCUGCUGCAGCUAUGGCCCUGGACAAGAUUCUACAAAACGCGUCGUCCAUAAAGGAAUAUUUUCCACCAAUCAAAACCACCAACGCCCGAUGUAACCUCUCCUGAUGUACAGAGGAUCGACAGAGAUUUUACAUAGAUGUAUGGAAGUGCAAUAUACCUCUACUCCAAUUAAAUGUAUGUGUUUUGAACACAUGCCAAUGUUCCUAAUACAAUUGGUCUUGGCCUUUUAUGGUUUCCAACAGAUGGAAAUCAUAACCACCAUGAAAACUAACUUAUAAGGUUAUCGAUGUAUUGUGUGAUAAAACAUUCCAUAACUCAGUAAAGCAUUGGAAAUACAUAAUCAUUUCGUGUCGUAUGAGCAAUGCCUCACGAGUGUCGAUGAAAUGUAUUAUAGGUGCAUAUUUCUAUUAUCACUUGUCAAUAAAAUAAGUAUUUUCGUUUUCCAUUUUAACAAA